CUAAGAAAUUGAACAGAUAUCCAAAUAUUCAUAGCACAAACAGCGCUUCAGUGCCCUAGGAACGUCUUUACCGUGUUUCCAGGGGGACAAUAAAAGGUGACGGACCUGCUCCUAGACGCAGUCAGUUUAUAUUAAUACACACUCGUUUUAUUGGGGUUACACAUAAACCGAGGAGCAUGUUGCUAAAGCCCAGACUGCUGUUUAACGCUGGACAACGAUUGUUUACAUGUGACUUCAUGUCACUGAAGUACACUGGACAAAUAUGAGCUUAUUACAGUGGCUGGUUCCUGGAAGGUUCAAUUAGAACGCAGCCUCACACGAACCUCAGCUCCCGUCACCCGAUGACCUGCUCACGUGUUACAAAUGGUUAAUUUAGAGUAAACGUGGUAGCUGUUUGUACAUAGGAACCACACACAGGUCAGGGAGGAAUAGAACCUCUCUGGUCUCUGACUUUGUCCUGAAUCCAAGAAACCGUCACAGGAACGGCGCAUUCCACGCGACAGGAAUAAAUACUCUACACACAAAACCACUGACACCGGGACUAAAGGCUUCACGUCAGUCUGAUCAGCAGCAGGGAAACCCGAUUGUUCUGAUCAGAUUACAUCGGGGACAGAUUAAGCCCCGUUUUCUCAAUUUUCUCAGAUAAAUCGAUUUUCUUUUACGCCCAACGUUAUUUCUUUGACGUCUUCUAACUUUUAUUUGAUCUUGUUCUGGUCGGUUAUUUGCUUCCAGAUUCUGUUCACAUGGUGCAGUCCCGGUACUGGCAGGGUCCAAUUCUCUCCGUUAGACAGAAAAAACGCUGUCGUCUUUUUAAUUGUGGAUUUAGAUUGACUUCGCCGGGCAGAACCAGGCAAAGCCGGGCCGAACUCUCCCAUCAACGGGCGAGCCUAAGAACAAUCGGAACCAGCUUCGGCGUGUGGAGGCGAGGAAGACUCCGCACAGAGAGAAGAGGAAGGUCUGCUCCUGCGGGGUCUCUCCGCCUCCUCCUUCCCGCGCCGGGAGCGCGCAGCGCGGCUGCGGAGAGGCGUGACGCGCCCGAACCGCAUCUCCAGGAUGGCAGGUCCUCCUGACGGGCCCUUGGCUCUGUGUACUGGGCUCAGGUCAAAGGCCCUUUGAGGAAUACAGACCCUGUGACCCCACUGGACCCUGGCUCCAGGAAUAGGACCAUGACGGACCUCAGAACCUCAAUGUGUUGGCGAACACUUGUGACGCUGCUGAUGACUGGCAUGCUGGUUUCCAUGGUUACCACGUCCUCACCUGCUUCAGGUGAGCCGGACUUCAACUGGACCACAGAGCCUUCAGCUCCCUCCUCCCCCCCUCCCCCUCUCAGACCUGUGGCUUCUAGCCCGUCCCCAGACUUUGGUUACCACGGUAACGGUGAUGGUACAGGCUCAGCAGAGGACUCAGACUCAGGUGCCCAGGGGAUCCACUUGCUUCUCAGGCCUCCAGACCUCCUGUCCCCCAGCCUUCCCCCGCCCCUGCCCCCACACACUCAGCCUACUCUCACCCCCCCUCCCUCCUGGGAGCAGGGCCCCUCUCUGGAGGAGCCCUGGGGCUCCGGGGACUACCUAGAGACCCUAUCCUUCAUGGUGCCCGACGGCGAGGAGCUGGCAUUGGCCACACCUCUGCCCAGCCACCCUUAUGACGAGGACUCCGAUGAAGACUGGGUCUCCUACAACACCGCCUUCCCUUCCCGCCCCACCCUCCCACUCUUCUCCCACCUUGCUCUCUCACCGUCCUCCUCCACCAGAAUCCCUCUGCACACCCGUUCCAUCCAUCCUGACGUCUUCCCCACCUGGGAUGAGGACUACGACCUGGAGGACAUGAUGCCUCUGGAGCCCACAGAGCUGCUGCUGCCGGACAUGAACAGCCUUGAGUACUACACCAACCUGCUGGCCCGGGAAAAAGAGAGGGAGCGGGAGAGAGUCCAGGACCGAAUCGACCAAACCCAUUCCAAACUGCUCAUUAUGCCAACCACAACACAAACACAUCUCCCCUCUUCUUCCCCGUCCCAGAGCUCUGGUCCUGUUCCAGCACGAGACUCCAAGCACGCCCCUUCAGAACCUACUCCUCCCCUCUCCCUUUCACCAAACUACACAAGUGAGGAGAAACCACUGGCUUCAUCAGCCCCCCCCUCCACCCAGGUUCCACCUGCUCCACAACCCAAAGAUCCCAUCCCAACGCUGGACAGACACCUUCCAUCCAACACCACUGGCCGGGUCCCUCCCCCUCCUCCACUGGGCCCACCCACCCGACCCGACAGAACAGAGAGGCCCUCGUUAGUCACAGAGAAGCCAGUGAAGACCACUGCCAGGACAACCACCACCACUGUCCUCACCACCACCACCCAGAUCACAGCCAUCAGCCUGACAAGAGCCCCCCCAGUCACCACACCCAGAGUGGUCCAGCCUCCGCCCACCAGGCAGUACCUGUGCAAUGUAACCAAGCCGGAGAUGUACCUGGUCAGAGUAGUCAGCUCCAGAGGUUCGUCUGCAGGGUUCAGUCAGGUCAGAGACCUUUUGAAGAGAGAGUUCAACCAGUCGGUGGAGCUUCAGUUUCUCAGAACUCCGUCCAGUUUUGCUUUUCGCGUCGUGUCAGGCCCGUUGAUCUUCACGGCCAUUUCUGUCAUCAACACUCUCCGCCAAGCUCCACGUUCCUUUGGCCCAGUUCCCAGCCUGUCCCCGCUCUACGCCGUCCCGGAGCCCAGGUAUCAGAUCCACUCUGUGCUGCAGUUCGUCCCGGCCCAUGUUGACAUCCGGGUCUGUAACUUCAGCGAGAAGGUGGAGAAAGGACUGAUGCUAGCGUACACAGAGACACGCAGGCGCUCACAGGAGACGGGAAAUGUAACCGUGCAGCUGUUAAACAUCACGCUGGCAGCGUCCCGCCCUGCGCCGGCCCAGAAGGUUCCUGUGGAAAUCACCUUUGCCGUGCGUGAUGCUCGGGGCUACUUACCAGGGAUGGAGGUCAGCGACCACCUGAGGAAGCUCAGCCUGGUGGAGUUUAGCUUCUACGUGGGAUUUCCUGCCUUGCAGAUUGCAGAGCCCUUUCACUACCCUGAGCUCAAUACGUCUCACCACCUGCGCUCCACCUGGGUCCGUACAGUCCUGUUGGGAGUUCAGGAUCAGCUGGUGACAGAGAGAAGCUUUAAAGCUCGCCUGGAGAGACGUCUGGCUCUGCUGCUGGAGGAGGGGCUGCAGGAGUCCGGCAGGACGCGCUGGAGGAGAGCGACGGCUGUGGGCAACAACAGUCUGCAGGUGGUGCGUGUGGCAAAGCUGUCUGGGGUGGAGCGCCCCCUGGAGGUCUUUUAUUUCGUGGAGGGUCCGAGUGGUGAACGGAUCUCGGCUGAGGUGACGGCAGCAACCCUGAAUCGUGUGGACCUUCAAAGAGCUGCGAUUGUCCUGGGACACAGAGUCCAGCGACCCCUGGCCCAGCCUGUGGAGACAGUGUCUGUCCCUCCGGCUGAGACUCAGAGCCGCAGUAUCUGGCUGGUUGUUGGCGUGGUCGUUCCUGUGGUGCUGGCCGUUUUCAUCAUCAUCAUCCUGUACUGGAAGCUGUGUGGCUCAGAGAAGCUGGAGUUUCAGCCAGACGCCAUCAACACCAUACAGCAGAGGCAGAAGCUUCAGGCUCCUAGUGUGAAAGGCUUUGACUUUGCCAAGCUCCACCUGGGUCAGCACAGCAAAGAUGACAUCAUGGUGAUCCAGGAGCCUGGCCCUAUGCCCGCCCCCAUCAAAGAGGCCACGCCUUCAGACGGCGGAGACCUCAACACCCCCAAAUCAAAAGGGUCGUCCACCAAGGUGGGCCGGUCCAGCCGCCGGAGAGGACGGCUCAGCCCAUCAGACGGCGACUCGUUAGGCAGCGACCAAUCCAGUGGCCGGGAGUCGGCAGAAGAGAGCACCCGCCCUGUGGCCACGCCCAGUGAGGGGAAGCAGCACCGGAAGCCGCCCAAAAACGGGAGGAGCCAGAUGGCUCCAUCGGCCAGCGGUCCAGACGAGCUGUUCUCCUCUUCCUCCAUCUUUGAUCACGUGGACCGUUUGUCCCGGGGCUCAUCAGACGGCACCCGACGGCAGGCCAACAAGGUUCAGCUGAUCGCCAUGCAGCCACGGCCGAGUCCCCCACAGCCACACGCGCCAUCACAGCAGAGCCCCACCCUCACGGAGAAGGUCAGCACAGAGGUGGCGUUGAGACACAAGUCUGAGAUUGAGCAUCACAGGAACAAACUGCGGCAGCGUGCCAAGAGGAGGGGGCAGUGCGAGUUCCCUUCCAUGGACGACAUCAUGGAUGCCUUCGGGGACGGGCCGGUGCAGAGCGAGGUGGCGCAGCGACUCUACAGCUCUGCCCAUGACCACAUGGACUGCAUUCUGCAGGCGGACACCCCCUCUCCCCCCACUCCCUCCGAAUCCAAGAAAAGAGGGAGGCGUUCUCCUCGGGGUCGCCAUGCACAGCCAGGACCUGGAAGUCUUCCUGAUACCGACAGAGACAGACUGCUCACAGAUCAUAGUGCCACCUACAGGAAAUACCCCGGACUUAAUAACGUAGCUUACAUGUCAGACCCUGACCUGCCGCCGGACCACGGCAGCCCCUCACCUACUGAUGAAGUGUUUGACGCUGCCCCAGCCCCACCCCCAUACAUGCCCCCCCAACCAUCCAUCGAGGAGGCCCGACAACAGAUGCACUCCCUUCUGGACGAUGCCUUCGCUCUGGUCUCUCCAUCCUCGCAGGGCAGUGCCGGGGUGAGCGGGGUAAGCCCUGCCCUGCCCAGCCCCUCCCCUCAGACCCGCCCCCCAGGCAGGCAGUGGGGUUCUUACCCAGCAGCCCCUUCUCAUAGCCCCUUUUCUGCAAGAUACGCAGAGCUGGGAAUGUCUCCUACAUCAGUCCAGGGCCUGCUGCAGAGGCAGGGCUUGAGCUCAGGAGGGUAUGUUUCUACUGGGGAUCAGCUACAGGACUCGGUUUACACCAACAGGGGGCAGUAUGAGGACCCUCCAUCCUCCUCCAGACCCCGACCCGUAGGGGGUAGUGCAGGUGCACAGCUCCACCACCUGACCCAAGUGGGCCUGUCCAGUCACAUUGGUGUGUAUCCUGGAGUGGGUCGCAGUAUGUCUGGUCCCACCGGGUCAAGCUGGAACCAGCAACACUCAGACCAGGACCUAUCCAGACCUGGAGCCAGCAGAGAAAGUGUCCUGUCUUUCCCUGAGUUUUCCUCUUCCUCGGUUUUUCAAAUGCCCAGCUCCUCGUUACGAGACCCAUCUGUUCCCCCUCUCCUCCUGACCUCACCGACUCCAGAAUACCCACCGGAGGACGCCUCGCCGUCUGCCCACACCUCUGCCUCUCUGAUAAAGGCCAUCAGGGAGGAGUUGAGACGCCUUGCCCAGAAACAGGCUGCAGUGACAAGCUACCCUUAACGUUUCUGGACCGGCUUUGGUUUCAUUGUGUAUUGCUAUGAAUCACUUUGAGCCUGUUAGGGCUACAAAUUAAUCUACACUCCGGACUCUCCUGAGCUAAACUAACGACUAACCCAUAAAGAAUCCUGACCAUGAAAAUAAAGGACAGUUUAUCACGACUGAAAAGCCUUCGGUACUUAACAGGGUUCAACUGUCUGUAUGUCAACCAUCCCACCAUCUCAGUUUUGUUGGAUGACUCUCCAUAUUUCCAUUGAUGUGCUUCCUAAGAGGGACUGUCCUUCCAAAGGCUUUGGAGCGAUCCUUCCUGGAGUUGUGCAGAAAACACUCCCUCCUGUUCUUUUGGAUUGAAUGGAUUUAAGUAGUUCCUGGAGUUCUGAAAUAGCUCUUCCUUGCAAACCUUGUGUACGGAGGGUCCUUUUGGAUAUUUGGAAGCAGUAUCCUCUAUUGAAAUUGACCAUUCUUGCCCUAACGUCGAAAUCUGGAUCAUCCUGCCUGAUCAUCUAUGGUGGAUGGGCCGUUCUGAUCCUAAUGUCUAGUGGGUAGCCCUUCCUGGAGUGGCAGUCAAUUCCUGAACUCAGUAUGCGGAUCAUCUGUCAUGGAGAGUUAGGAAUGAGUGUGCCAUCCAGACCCUCUAUACUGGAUUGCUGCUCUUUUGGGGUAGAUGGUUUCCACUAAACUUCUUCUGCAGUCUGGAUUGUACUUGCAUCUGGAUCGGUUCAUCCUGGAGAGGAUGAUUCCUUGGCCUCUUGGAAUGAAUACUUUUUAACUUCUGGAGUGGACUGUUCGAUCCCAGCCUUCAGUAGGACAGUUCCUCUUUAUGUCCUGGAGUUCUGAAGUGGAUUCUACUUUUGGACCUUCUGUGGUGCUAAGCGUCAGCCUCAUACGUCAUUAACCACUUACUGCCUUCCACUCUCCCAUAUGCCACAGGGAUCACGUCUCUGUUCAUUAAUCAUAUCAAUGAGGUUUUUGCACUGUCGACAGCUGGAGGUGAUGUAUAGGUCCAACAGCAUGGAGGUCACAUACUGUAAGUAUCUAUAAGAGUUAAUAUAAACAGAUUUAAAGAUGUAGAACCCCAGUGAGCACAAUAUUAAUGUCAGAUUUAUUAUUGGAGUAUUGAGAUCUAACUUAUUUUUAUUGCUUAUAUAUAUAAAAGUAUACUUUAAAUUGUUUAUUUUGAUCAAAAAAAGACCAAAUUACUGUUUUAUGGUUGUGACCCUCUUAUGUUUGCUGUAUAUAUUCAGCCAGCGUUUGUUUUUCUGUGGAGACGUUGCUUAGCUGCUCGCUUGCGUGUUUAUGUAUCAGUGGCAAAAAAAAUAGCUUUGACAAAUUCUUCUGCCACUGAUUUGGUGUAUCCACCAGUUAAUGGGCAGACGUCUGCCGAUUAGGAGGCAGCAGACACAGGAAACAUUCAUGGCAUCCAGACACUAAAUCUAAUGACAGCACAGCACCCCCAGAGGCUGUAGUGAGUAUUACACACAAGGAAAUGCAUCUGUGGGAUUAUAAAACAGUGAUUAUUAGUACAUCAGUGGUGAAGGACAGAAUCAUGCCAGAACAUACCAGACAUGCCACAUGUUCUCUGAUCAGAAUGUCACACACCAGGAAUGACAAACUCAAUAGGAUGGGGUAAAAAUAACACAUAACAAAAUGUUCAGUCUGUAUUUGCAGCUGACUAGUACUACUAGUACCGUCGGCCUCAUCUGUGGGGCCGUUCACAUAAUCCAGUCUCUCUGAUCACACAUGAUCUAGAUAUUCUUACUUACAUGCAGGCCCUGGUCAUCCUGCCUGCAAAGCUGGUUUUUGGACCUUCAACGACCUCUCAGAGUAUGGACCUCCAUGACUUCACUACAGUCUGGUCUGAUGAGCCUAAACGAAGCUAAUUAAUAGUUUGGUUAUUGUCCUGUUAGAGCCACCUACUGCGUCAGUGCAUCAGUGAGCACAGCUUCUGUUUCUGUAGAUGGAAACAAGCCAAGUUAUUCUGGCAUCAAUCGCUGUCACUACAGUAGCAGUAUUGAAACAAAUUUUUAUAGAUCCUGCUCUUGUUCGUGUGCUGGACGUGACGCUGAAUGUUUCCUAGUCUGCUGGUUGACCGUCUGUCAUGUUGGGGAUUUGUUUGUCUGCUCUUAUUCAGCAUGUGUGACUAUGUUUGAGGCUUUAGCUGCUCGUGAUGUUCCUGUUAAUGUUGGCAUGCUGCUAAAAAUCCCAGAAUAUAUAAGUCAAGACUUGUUCCACAUCAAGAAUGAGCAAAGAGCACAGUUUGACCGUUACAAACGUACAACAGUCACAAAGCUCAUAUGACACAAAAAUAUUGUACAAAAAAUUCAUUAAUUUAAAAGUUCUUUUCCAUGACUGUUUUAUUUUUCUAAUGGUCAAACAGAAAAUCAAAUAUGUCCGUCCAGGCCACCGUAGACAAGUGAUCCUCCACGAAAAACGUUGUUGAUCCAAACACAGGAAAAUAAAUGUUCUGUUUUUUGUUGCUUUUGCAUUUUUAAGAUAUUUUUGAAUCAAAAUGAAGGUUGUGUCAGUGAACAGUGUAGAAAAGAACGUGGAUAUGUUGUUGAAUAGAUAACAUAAUAUAUAUAUAUAUAUAUAUACAUAUAUAUCAAAUAUUUUAUCUGAGGUUGCUCUGCUGAGUGGACUCUGCUGGCACCGGUGCCGACACGUCCUUCCUAGACCAGAAACCACCUGCAGAACUCUUCACUGGCUGGAGGCUUCCUGAGAAUCAGUCCAGUUGCAGGACUGCACACACCUGCAGGAUCACAUGGUGCUAAUUCAAUGACUUGUAAUAUCUCACACACAGAAGAAACCCUGCAGGUGAGGUGAUGAAUUCAACCUGCUUCGCUGCAGGUUUCACAACGUUCUGAAUGUUUCCUUCAGUGUUUUUUAGAGUUUCUGUGUUUUUUAGAUCUGUGACCCUCAGUGAGAUUCCUGCUGAUGCCCAGGUGCAUCGUGGGUGUUUCAUUCAUGACAAAACUACUGAUUCCGAGUCAGCUCUCCAACAUGUCCUGAAAGGCUGCAGCUUGUCCACAAGACGAGAUGCUGAUUCAAACAUGACAGGGAAAAAACAUGUGUGUAAACGUUAAUAACUACACAACAGUUAUGCCAUUUUGUGUUUACUCUAUCUAAUGUAAACACAUUUACACAGGUAUGAGUGUGUGAAUGUGAGUGUGAAUGGGCGAAUGAGAAGUAGUGUAAAGCGCUUUGGAUCCUGGAAGGGUGGUCAAAGCACUAUACUGUAUAAGUACGGACCAUUCACCAUUAACCAUUUAUUUUACACUAACAACACACAAACAACAGUUCACAGACACAAGAUAAUAACUCAUUUGAUUCACUUGUUACACACACUGUGUUUAUUUAACAAGUUAUUCAGGUUAGUGUGCAGAACUCACAGCUCGUCUAAUAUUGAGAGUUUGUGCAGUAAGUUGCAUUGUUAGCACAAGAAUUGAAAUAAUUAAUGUAAAUAAUCUAUUUAUAUUUUGAAAAACAUAGAAACAUGCAAAAUUAACAACUGCAACUAGGUGAAACUGCUCAUUUUUGUUAAUGUUGAUUCCAAUCGAUUCCUUAGUUUUGUCAUGAAUGGACCUGAACAGAUUCUGCUCAGAGCUGGACCACAUUCCUGUUCUCAGGACUCAGUGAGCUGCUUUGUUGAAACUGAGCCUGAGGGAAGAGUGAGUUUCCUGGAAACACUGCCAACGGUCGGGCCUGUUCUAAAGUCGCCAGGUGAGCUCUGAGCUGCUCUGUCUCAUGACCUGUUCUACCUGAACUCUGGGAUCUGCAUCCUGUGUUUCAAGUCUGAAAGAAUGUGUUAAACAUUAAAAAGAGACGUGUUCAAGA